CCUUCCUUAACACUGUAUGUUUUGUAAGCAAGGAAAACUGUUUUUUUUUCUUCCUUUUUAUAGCAUGUGUUUAUGAAAAGGCUAAAGAGAAGUUGAGGUUGGCCUUUGACUCAUUAAGGCAGCAGAGUGUAAAUAUUUGCAAUCCAAGCAGAAAGCUAAAUAGUGUUUGGAUGGGGGUUUCUUUUUAAAGGUUAGUUUUGCUUUUUAGCAUGCCCAUAGAGGAAAUGCUUUCUUCCUCCUUGUAGUUUGUUUCAGCAGUAUUUCUGUGUAACAGAUUCAUCUGUGUAUUUUCGGAGGUUUUUUUUUUUUGUUUUCUUCCAAAGUUUUAAAAGCGUUGUUGCGCUGGUAAGGUAUCUGUGUGAUGCUGCUGGCACUGUGUUUAGUGUUAUUGUCUGGAGAUCUGAUAAAGGCAAAUGCUGGCUUUACUGGAGAAACUGUAGAACUUACGCUGGAUCUGAAAAGCCGGAGUAGGGUUUCCUUAAACCAGAGAUUUCUUUCUGUGACAAUUGAUGCUAGCCUGGCAUCAAGACCGAAGUACAUCGCAUUUCUUGGGUCUCAAAAGUUAAUCACCUUAACCAGAGGGCUAUCACCUGCAUACCUUAGAUUUGGAGGAACAAAGUCAGACUUUCUGUUAUUUGACCCAUUCAGCUAUGGAUCUGUGGAGGAAAAUAUAUACUGGGACCAAAAACCAAACCAAGAAAAUUUGUGUGAUGGAAGAGACCUUCCCCAUGUUGUGGAGCAGAAUCUGCAGUAUCAGUGGCCUUCUGAAGAAAGACUAAUCCAGCAAGAGGAAAACAAAGAAAAAUACCAAAACUCUACUAUCACAAGAAGUACUUUAGACCUACUGUACCGGUUUGCAAAUUGCUCAGGAUUACAUCUAAUUUUUGGAUUAAAUGCUUUAUUGAGAAAGGAAAAUGACGUGUGGAACAGCACAAAUGCAAAGCUUCUCAUUGAUUAUUGCUCCUCUAAGAAUUAUAACUUGUCAUGGGAGCUUGGCAAUGAACCAAAUUCCUUCAGGAAGAAAUCUGGAAUUUAUGUUGAUGGUUCCCAACUUGGCAAAGACUUUGUCAAUUUACAUGACCUUCUCAAAAAGUACAGCAAAUACAGGAACGCUGGGGUAUAUGGUCCUGACAUUGGACAGCCUAAAAAACAGUCACAGAUGAUGCUUAAAAGCUUUUUAAGAACGGGAGGUAAAAUAAUAGAUUCUGUGACCUGGCACCAUUAUUAUGUUGAUGGACGAACUGCUUCCAAGAGCGACUUUCUCAGUGCAAAUAUACUGGACUCUCUCAUCUCUGAAAUACAAGAUGUAUUCAAGAUUGUUAAUGAAACUGUUCCUGGAAAACGUGUAUGGUUGGGAGAAACCAGUUCAGCCUAUGGUGGCGGGUCUCCUGGAUUGUCUAAUACAUAUAUUGAUGGCUUCAUGUGGCUAGAUAAACUGGGAGUAUCUGCUCAGCUUGGAAUUGAUGUGGUCAUGAGGCAGGCACUAUUUGGAGCAGGAUCAUAUAAUCUGGUGGAUUCCAAUUUCGAGCCUUUACCUGAUUAUUGGCUAUCACUGCUGUUUAAGAAGCUGGUUGGACCCGUUGUUCUGAAUGCCCAGUUAAGCAGUCCUAGGAAUAACUAUGACCGGAUGCUUCGAGUGUACAUGCAUUGCACAAACACUGACAACCCAACGUACACAGGAGGUGAUGUUACUCUGUUUGCCAUUAAUUUGCACAAUGGCGCACAGCACAUGAUACUGCCAAGUAUCUUAUCUGGAAAGGGUGUGGAUGAAUAUAUGCUUUUACCUGGAGAAGAAGGGCUACUUUCUACAUCGGUCUUGCUGAAUGGAGAAGUGUUGCAGAUGGUUGAUGACAGAACACUUCCUGCAUUAAAUGGAAAACCACUAAAGCCUGGCUCACAGCUUGUCCUUCCUCCUCUCAGCUUUGGUUUCUUUGUUGUGAAGAACGCCAAAGCAAGCGCAUGCCUAUAGGGGAUUCAGAAAGUCUGUUACAAUGAAAAUAUCACUGCAAACCAUAUCACAUUGAUAUGGUCCUCAUCUGGACGAAAUCAGGAGAUAUCAGAAAAUAUGCCAGGGUGCAAGCUUUAAAUCAACUGGAAGAUCCCACCUUCAUUACAGUGGCAACAUUGUAACUUUAAA